UAUCCCUCUGGGUGGUAAUUACUCAUUAUUGUGUUGUCUUACCCAGCAUCCCAGAUGUGUAUCACGUGCACCGGAACUGCGUGUAAUGGAAACCUCAGUCCCUCGCACUGUCCGCUCGGUAAGGACUACUGCAUGAGUUCUAUCGUAGACAGCGCUGAUGGUUCUAGGAAUCAGACAAGAAGUUGUGUGACGGAGGGAGAGUGUUACAGCCGGUGGAUAGGAAACACACUGACCUCUCCAGAGUGUAUGAGUUUGAUAAUAUCCGGAAGUGGACCUAGCGGCCAGAAUCUGACAUGUGACUACUGUUGUACCCGCAGUGGUUGUAACAGUGUCCAGUUCCCGUCAGCGAACACCUUAUACCACCAGAUUUAAUGGCGUGUCUCAAACAAACACUUAAUACCUCACUUUAAUGUCUAUCUUCAUAAAUGAGAGAAAAACGUUAAUAAAAUAAUGUAC